GCAGUGAGUGUGACAGCGGCGGGCGGAGCAGCAACAGGAGGGUGCAGCUUGCAUUGCUGUCAGUGUGUGUGUGUGUGUGUAACUGCGUGUGCCUGUGUUCCUUGCUGAGAUGCCGAGCGGGCUCUGGAUGCUGCUCCCCGGGUUACUGUGCUCCGUCUUGCCGGUGGACAGCGCGCGGCGGCUGGGGAGCGGGCCGGCGGCACCGAGCGUCUCCCGGGCCAGGUGCACCUCGCGCUGCCUGGCGCUCCACAUCGCACACCUGAGCGCGAGCUUCAGGAGCCUGCAGAUUUAUGAGACAUUAACUUGGUGUGAAGGUCACAGGAGGUGUGCUCAGUGUCUACGGCCUUGCAAAGAGUUAUGGAAUACUGAUGAAAACCAGUGCCAGCGACAGUGUGAGAAACACCACGAAUGUUUGACAAGCUGUGAGUUUCUGAAAUCUAUUCGGAUGGUGAAGCAAGGUGACUGUCCAGCACCACAGAAAGCCUCAGGCUUUGCAGCAGCCUGUGUCCAGAGUUGCAGUUCAGACACAGAGUGCCCAGGCUCUAGAAAGUGUUGUUCAAAUGGCUGUGGCCAGACCUGCCAAGUACCAUCAAAUAUGUUCAAGGGUGUUCCAUUGAAGCCCAGAAAGGAAUUGAGUUUCUCAGAAGACAAGAAUGGAAAUGUAGCAGUUGCGUGGAUGUCCAAGUUUAAUAUUUCUAUGGAACCAGUAUUUUAUAUAUUGCAGAGAAGAUGGAACUCUGGAAUGUAUCCAAAUGAAGAUGAUGCUAGCAAGUGGGAGACAGUCGCUUAUACAAUAGAGGAGCAUGUUGAUCUGAAAAAUAUGAGACCAAACAUAUGGUACCAGUUCAGAGUAGCAGCAGUCAACAUUCAUGGAACGCGAGGUUUCACUACUCCCAGUAAACACUUCCACUCAUCCAGAGAUCCCUCACCGCCAGGUGCACCAAGAAAUCUGUGGAAAGGCAACUUUACUGCAAGGCACAACAACAUUUUCAGUCUUAUAAUUCACUGGGAUCCACCUCAAGAGGAAGAUCUCUUCAUUCACCAUUACAGAAUUUACUGGAGUCAGUGGGUUUCCAGGAAAACUGUUUUCCUCACAAAGAAAGAAAACUGGAAGAUAGUUGAAGGAGACAAGCAUGAAGUUGAGAUUGAAGGUUUGCAACCAAACACACAAUAUCUGGUACAAAUGCAGGCAGUGGCUAAUUGGGGACAAAAACGCUUAAAGAGCAGCAAAACUUUGCUCAUUUUUAAUACCCCUUCCACAGACAUCCAAACGAAUCAUGGCAGUGCUUCAGAUGCAGUGUCCAAUGAGCUUCCACCUCUUGAUGAGAUAUUUGACAUUCAAAGUCUGGAGGCAGCAGUCCCCUAUUUCCAUGGUAACCAGUUACAAGUUAAAGUACAUUGGAAGAAAGCAAAAGAAGAAAGUCUUAAGGAUCACAAUCUCUACCUAUUAACAUGGGUACCAGAAUCCUGUGCCAAGAACAAUUCACAAAUACAGCGACAUGCAACUGUAAAGGGCACACACUUCGUUAUCACUGGUCUUUUAUUUGCUUGUGAGUAUAAGGUGACUGUGGAACCCAUCAUUCUCCAAGGGCAGACAAGACAAGCUGUGACCUAUGUUACAACUCCUCACUGCAGCAAUUCAAUUAAAGUCAAAGUUCUGAAACGUCUGCUUUGUGCACGAAAUGGGCUUCGCCAGAUGUCCAGUCAAACUUCAGAAAAGGUCAUGUUGAAAGCAGAGAAACUAACUGCUGCCUUUGUUUCUGAAAAUGGUUCUGUAAGUGUAGAGUUUCACUGGCAGGUUUCACAGAAUCAACCUCAUCAAUUAAUCACCGGGUACCAAUUCAACUGGACAGAAAUUUCCACUGUUAACAGACCGGUUGUCAUACCAGACGUGGUAACUUUCCAAACUCAAGUGUUGCCACCAGAUGAGCCCUUUAUUACGAUCCUCAACCUUAAGCCUCUAACAACUUAUCUGAUUCAAGUUCAAGUACUGUCUACAACAGGCAAAGGCCCAGCAACUGUCAAAACAUUUCAGACUCCACAGGUUUAUAUUACAGUCUCAUAAAGGUGCUAACUAGAACAAUUAGUCGAAUCUGGUGUCAAGAUGGUCACAGCGAGAAUGGAAUUUAAACAAAUCUUGGAAUUAUCAUCACAGUAACCAAAGCUGUUCAUGUUCUAACAACUGAGCUAUUUAUAUGACGACUUGGAAGAUUGAGCUUUCUGGAUUUCCUGCCUCUGCCAGUUUGAUUUGUCUUUAUGUUAUUGAAAUGCAUAAUUGUUUCAUAUUUUACUAGUUCUUCAAUACAUAUCUUACAUUUAUAGUUAAAUCUUCAGAAAUUCCUGGAUUGUUAUAAUUGAGGAAAUAGGCUUGUGGCAAUCUUGCUUUCCUUAACAUUGAAAACAAUUUAAAGACAAGCAGAAAACUACUAAUUGCAAUCUGUGCUCAAAGAGAAUGAUUUAUGGAAACACACUUCAUGGAAUGAGUAAAAAAUUGAUAAAUGUCCAAACCAAAGGAAAAUUCAGUAUCAAAGACUAGUAAUUGUGCUUACAGAGAGCAGAUGUCAUAGGUAAGGCUUACAAGAGACGAUAAUAAAUAUUUGGAAAUUCUUUUACAUCCUCUUUUCUGUUAACUAAUAUCGAUCAUAAGGCUGUUUUCCUUUUGCAUUAUCUCACACUCUCCCUCCCUUAGGAAAUGAAAUCAAUUGAGUAAUUAAGCACAGGAAGGCACUGGGAGGGGAAAUUGCAAUUUCUGUCUGAACUUCAAUAAAACAUAUUACAUAUUAAUCCAACAUUAUAUUAUACACUGACUAGUUGUAGUUUGUAUGUGACAUUUCCAUUACCACAGCAGAACUGGAAUCAUAAUAUUCUACAGGUAUUUGAUUAUCCAUCCAUACUUUGUUUAGUGUGUUUCAGUCAUAUUUAUAGAGGAAAACAAAUGAUUAGAAAUUUGUAACAUCAAUAACGCACUAAGAAUUAUUAUUAUAUAUUUUGUCUGUAUAGUUGGAACCUUUUUUUGAAAGGAAUUAGAACACCAGAUUCAAUUCAGCAUGUUCAUUCAUUCUCUGCUUGCGUUGAACCUCACUUCAAGAGCAUUUUGGAAAAUCAGUGUUCUGAUAUGAACACCUAACAGAGGUCAUUCUCACUUUUGUAUCCACAUCAAUACUGGGGAGUAGGUAAGUCUCAAAACGGGAGGAAGUAGCUCAAUAUUUCACACCUAGUUUUGUGGUUGAUGGUGAUACAUGAAGCCUUGCAAGUAUACUCCUCCUCUCUACUUGAGCUGCUAUCAAGGAUUACCUUUUUAUGCCACAUCACAACAUAAUUUCCAUUGAUCAGCAUUGGAACAUAGCUGCAAGGUGCUUCAGUCAAAUCUCAGACUAACCCUGCAUGUUUCAAAACUUCGCUGCUAGAUCCAUUUAGAUGUUGUUCUGCCACUCUGCAUGUUUCUCUCAACUGAGUAUACCCCAAGAAGGCAAGUGUGCAUGCCAUUAUCAGAUUGAUAUGACAAAAUAAAUUGUUAAUAGUAUCUUGAUGUAAACAGCCAAUGCUAACUUUUGAUUUGUCUGUGUUGCCUGCUUUCAUAUUUUACUAGUUCUUCAAUACGUAUCUUACUUUUAUAGUUAACUCUCCAGAAAUUCCUGGAUUGUUAUAAUUGAGGAAACAGACUUGUGGCAAUCUUGCUUUCCUUAACAUUGAAAACAUUUAAAGACAAGCAGAAAACUACUAAUUACAAUCUGCACUAAAAGAGAAUUCAAUAUGAUUUAUGGAAACACACUUCAUGGAAUAAGUAAAAAAAUUGAUAAAUGUCCAAACCAAAGGAAAAUUCAGUAUCAAAGACUAGUAGUUGUGGUUACAGAAAAGCAGAUGUCAUUGGUAAGGUUUACAAGUGACAGUACCAUGUAGAGCACAAUCUGACUGGAGUAUUUUUAAAUAAUUUGCUAACCCAAGGUUUUAUCAAACAUUUCCAUCUCAGCAUUAUGCCUGCACACCUACCUUUUGGAAGUGAAGUAUCACCAGUAUUGCACCAUAGUCCAACAAUUUCACUUCUCUCUUCAGAUACAAGAGUGGGGAUGCCAAUGGCAGGGCAAGAAUCACCUAUUAGGCAGUAUGAUUCUUAACCUCAGUUUCCCUCUCCAGGCUCCUGUCACCUGAGAGGAUUCCCAUUGGCUUCAGUUAGUGCAGAAAGAAAAAAAUACUGAUAUAAAGUCUAAAGAAAACAUAUAUAAGAGCAGGAAAAAAGACACCAAAGGUAUAGAGAAAUUUACCUUUAACUUCAGUGGGCUUUUUAAAGAAUGGAUAUCCAAAAUCCCAUUUGUUUCCAGGCUGGAGAUUUGGACCUUGGUACAUCAUGGGUCACAAAUGGAGCAGCAGCUUUCUCAAACCCUCAUGUAUAUUUAAGAAAAAAGUCUUACAUUUAUGUAGUGCCUUUCAUGAUCUCCAGACACCCUAAAGCUUUAUAUAGCCAAAUACGUAUAUCUGUGCACUGUUGUAAUAUAAUAAUGAUACCUUCACUUGGGUACAGUUAUAAAAUGGAACAGGCCUGACUUUAAGCAGUAGGAGUUCCUCCAGAUAAAUACACUGUAUCUUUAAAUUAUAGUACACUAAAUAUUUGUUCCAAAUGUAAAAUGAGAUUGAAUUUCCACAGGAAUUCUCCAACUCCCUGGAGUAACUGCUGUUUUCCGAGAUGGAGAACCCUGUUUACCCAUUUUUCCUAAUCCGCUUGUUCAGAGAUUUUUUUUUAGGAACCUAUUUUUCUAAUCAACCUCUUCAGCAAUGCUAUUACUGUACAUCACUCUGGAGCAUGUGGGUUUCAAACCCAGAUCUCUCAGUCAAGAGGAAAAGGACACGUCCUCUGUGCCAGAAGAGGAUCUGAGAACUCUGUUUCUCAUUUAUGAGGUGGAACAUGGAAAUUGGAUCCAUUGUGCAAUCCUCAACAUUAUUUUGGAAUAAAAUAGAAAAAUGCUGGAAAUAGUCAGCAGGUCAAGCAAGCAAUGAAAUGACAAUUUGUUUUUUCUCUCCACAGAGAUUACUGUCUAUCUGAGAAUUUCCAUUUUUUUUAUUUCAGAUCUUCAGCAUUAAUAUUUUGUUUUUGUGCUACAUUGGGUUCAUAAACUUGCACAUCUUAACAUGUAAAUCAUUUCUGCCUAAAUCAACCUUAAAAUAAUCAGCUAAUUAGUUGUUUGGCUAAUUAGCUACAAAGUCUCAUUUUAUGCAUCAGUGUUUUCGCUCGGUCCUUUCAUUAGAUUUGUACCUAACAUUGACUUCCAUCCUUCUUCAGCAACAAUUUUAAUAAAAUGUUAACAAUCACUGAACUUCCUGUAACGCUUAAGCAUUUAC